UCGCUUCCGGUGUGGGCACUUUCUUUGUCUCCGGGCCGACGUAUCGUACCACUAGGAGUCGUGUUCCCCCUCCCCUGCUUUCCUUUCACUUCUGUGGAUAUAUUUGUAUAUAUAUCCACAUUUUCUGCUAUUGAAUGACAGUCGACUCGGAAAUAUUUAUGCCUAAAAGCAAAGCGCCGAAAAUGGAUGACUUGGACUACAUCCCAGUAGACCUGAGCCCAGAGGAGCGCUCGGAGCUGGAGGACAUCCGCAGGAGGAAGGGGGUCCUGCUGCUGGAGAUUCAAAGGCUCCGCGAGGAGCUCAGGGAGGCCAUUUUGGAGGUGGAAGGGCUUGAGGCCAGCACGGAGGGCAGUAAAACCCUUCAGAAAAAUAGGCAUGUUGCAAUGGGAAGGAAGAAAUUUAACAUGGAUCCCAAAAAGGGCAUCGUAUUUCUCGUGGAGAAUGAGCUGCUCAGACACACUCCGGAGGACAUCGCUCAGUUCCUUUACAAAGGAGAAGGCCUCAACAAGACGGCCAUCGGCGAUUACCUCGGGGAAAGGGACGACUUCAACAUCAAAGUCCUCCAGGCUUUCGUUGACCUGCACGAGUUCACAGAUCUUAACCUGGUCCAGGCCCUCAGGCAAUUUUUGUGGAGUUUUCGUCUGCCCGGUGAAGCCCAGAAGAUUGACAGAAUGAUGGAAGCCUUUGCUCAGAGAUAUUGUCGUUGUAACCCCGGCGUCUUCCAGAGCACUGACACGUGUUACGUGCUUUCGUUCGCCAUCAUCAUGCUUAAUACCAGCCUCCACAACCCCAACGUGAGGGACAAACCGGGCCUGGACCGCUUCAUCUCCAUGAACCGCGGCAUCAACGACGGAGGGGACCUGCCCGAGGACCUGCUGCGAAACCUGUACGAAAGCAUCAAAAAUGAGCCCUUUAAGAUCCCCGAGGACGACGGCAACGACCUGACGCACACCUUCUUCAACCCCGACAGAGAGGGCUGGCUGCUCAAGCUCGGGGGACGAGUGAAAACCUGGAAGAGGCGAUGGUUCAUCCUCACGGACAACUGUCUCUACUACUUUGAAUACACAACAGACAAAGAACCUCGAGGCAUCAUCCCCUUGGAGAACCUCAGCAUCCGUGAGGUGGAGGACCCACGCAAACCUAACUGCUUCGAGUUGUACAUCCCCAACAACCGCGGUCAGCUGAUCAAGGCGUGCAAGACUGAAGCGGACGGCCGGGUGGUGGAGGGGAACCACAUGGUGUACCGCAUCUCCGCCCCCACGCCCGAGGAGAAGGAUGAGUGGAUCCACAGUAUCAAAUCUGCAGUCAGCGUGGACCCAUUCUAUGAAAUGCUCGCCGCCAGGAAGAAACGUAUAUCGCUGAAGAAGAAAGAAGAGCAGCCCUAGAGUAUUACCGCCGCCCUAACUCCUUUUUUUUUUUUUUUUUAAAUCCUCAUCUUCCUUCCUCCACACUACUCUUUAGCGCAGUGGCCGGCAUGUUGAACAUACUUGCGGCCCUUCAUGCCGUCCUCUAAAUACCUCUGAGGAACUCUAUGAAAACGCCCCAUAUGUCAAAGCCACAAAUGCUCCUCAUAUACAGAGUUUCCCCAAGUGCGUGCAAUUUUUUUGUCCUCUUUCUUUUGUCCUCUGAAACGCCCUAAGAUGCCACAAGGCUGAGACAAAGCUUUUUCGUUACAUGAAUGGCUUGCUUUGGCGCCAUCCUGCGGUGUCAAGGAACUGUGCUGAAGUGACAGGAGGAGCUUCAGCCACAAAAUGGUGCCAAAGCACUACUUUUCUAUUAGACAGUGCUUUGACACUAUCAUGUGACAUCUUAUGACUUUUCAGAAACGGCACCAAGAAGUGGAUAACAGCAGAUAGGUUUAUUUAAAAAAGUAAUUUAUGGUAGGGGGAACACUGUAUAUCCAAAAAAUCAAAACGCCCCUCCCUCCCACAUUCCAGCUUUACACCAGCCUACGAUAUUGACAAAUAGAUGAAGACAUGACAUUUUGACAUCCUCCUCAACUGGCCUCUUGUCAAAGGCAGCUCAUGACUAUGUACGACUAUUUUUUUUUUUGGUUCUUGUAAAUAGAUGUUAGCAUUAUUUGUUUAUUGCUCACUUGUAGAGAUCAUGUUUAAUUUAUUAUUCCCGUUUUGUACGAGCUACUGUUUGGAGCGCAUGUUGACAGGCGUGAAGUCGUCAAGAAGUCUGUAGCAUGUGCCUCGUUGCCUAGAAGAAGAGUCGGCAGAAUAUUUGUCGCUUAGCCUGGUGAAGCACAAGCGUCCAUGAAAUCAUUAGACACUUUUUCUCGCGUUCCUUCCUUCGCUUCCCAGCGUCCACCGAACACAAAAUGUCCGCCGAUCCAUCGAGGUAAAACGCGUUCUUGUUUUAGAUGAAUCGGAUCCGACGUGUUGAUGAUUUUUGUAGACUGUAAGAAAAGUAGAAGUACCUUUUUUUUUUUUUUAUGGCACUUUACCCGUUGUUGCGGCUGAUGUGCGUCGGUGAACAGGCUCACCAGAGCAAGGCUGGGGAACCAUAUGCAGGCUAAACUCCGAGGAAGUGUUAUUAAAAAACAAACUUUCCUUCAAUUAUUCAUCAUAUUUUGUAAGACAGACUCGCCACUGCACAUUGCGAUAUAAAACGCAAUUACCUGCUUGGUUCAAACCUCAGCAGUUCACAACCUUCAUGCUGUUCUUUUUGUUCUUCAUUGAACCAAGUAGCAUGAAGCUGAAUAAUGACGCCGAUCGUAUUUGGACCUUAACAGCCGUCGCGGCGGCCAAGCUGAUGAACAAAAAACCUUGUGAGUUGCCUUUAUGUUAGUCGUUUCUCUCCCAAAGCUUAGAGAGGCCCGGCCUUUCGUCCGUUCCGUUAGUGCUUCUGCGUUUUUGCCUGCGGGCUUUCUCGACCUUCUGGGAAUUCUUGAAGUGCAAAGUUGCCAAAAAACAAAACAACAGUGAUUCAGAACAGCAAAAUGUUGCAAACAGUGCACACCGAAACUCUCUUGUUUCUGAGCCACCUCUUUCUGAAAAAUAGUGUCUUUAUUUUCUAUUUAUUUAUUUACUUAUGGCAAGGUGAAGACAAAGCUAGACAUGAUGUAAAUGUAGCAAAUGACGCAUACCACACACACAUUGGUGCCAGGAAACAACUGUGUAACAAUAAAAAGGUGAUGAUUGACUGUU